GAAACGAAACCCGCCACAGUCCCGAAAUGCCAAACCAACAAAACACACUACUGUAAUGUCUGUGCGCAUUACGCACCUCUCUCUCUCUCUCUCUCUCUCUCUCUGGUUCUCUCAAUCUCUUUCUCUCUCUACACGCCAUUGUUGAAUUAUUGGAUUCAUCAUUGAAGCAAUCUCAAUUCGCGAACCUUAAGGCUUGAAUCUAAAUCAUAAUCUGAUGAAACACGAUGGAUUUGAGAGACUAACUGGUGUGAAGAUUUAGAGAGUGAGGGAGAGAGAAAUGCCUACAGUUGCUGUAAAGCUUUACAGUGUAUUCUUCAAAUUCCUUCUCAAACACCGUUUACAGAACCGUAUCCAAAACCCUCUCGAUGAGACCAGCAAGAGCCCAUUCGGCGUCACGUCGCGGCCGGAGGAGUCCGUCGCCCCCGCAAACCCUUCCUUCUCCGACGGCGUCGCCACCAAAGACAUUCACAUCGAUCCUUUAACUUCUCUCUCCAUCCGAAUCUUCCUUCCCGAUACCUGUUUAGUGUCGUCCGAUUUUGAUUCCAGAACUAGGGUUAGGGCUUUGAAUAAACGCUCUGAUCUAGAAUUCAGAUCUGUUUCUGGCGAGCCGAAUCAAGCUCUGCUCCGUCGCAACAGCUAUGGACCGUCCAGGAAGGGCAAUGUAGUGACUGAUACGGAGACUCACAGAAGGAACAGUUAUGGCUGUAGUGCAGAUGAUUUGAAUUUGAAGCCCGAGACUGACGUGUAUAGAGGCUACUCGCCGUCGAUUGGGAACUGCCGGAAACUGCCAGUGAUGUUGCAGUUUCACGGCGGAGGGUUUGUGAGUGGGAGCAACGAUUCGGUGACGAACGAUUUUUUUUGCCGGCGGAUUGCGAAGUUGUGUGAUGUGAUUGUUCUUGCCGUGGGGUAUAGGCUUGCACCGGAGAAUCGGUACCCGGCUGCGUUCGAGGAUGGUUUUUCGGUUUUGCAUUGGUUGGGAAAGCAGGCGAAUUUGGCAGAAUGUGGUAAGUCGUUGUGGAAUUCGCGAGGCGGUGGGGCCGAUUUGAGGAAAUCGGAUGUCCAUAGGCAUAUUGCAGAUGCAUUCGGGGCAUCCUUGGUGGAACCUUGGUUGGCGGCUCAUGGAGAUCCAUCCAGAUGUGUUCUUCUUGGGGUGAGCUGUGGCGCAAAUAUUGCAGACUAUGUGGCUCGGAAAGCUGUUGAGGCAGGCAAACUUUUGGACCCAGUCAAGGUGGUGGCACAGGUGUUGAUGUAUCCCUUCUUCAUUGGGAGUGUUCCAACGCAUUCCGAGAUAAAACUGGCAAAUUCUUACUUUUAUGACAAGCCUAUGUGUGUACUAGCAUGGAAGCUCUUUUUACCUGAUGAAGAGUUCAGCCUAGACCACCCGGCUGCCAACCCCCUCAUACCAGAUCGGGGACCACCUCUAAAGUUCAUGCCUCCUACGCUGACAAUUGUAGCGGAGCACGACUGGAUGAGAGACAGGGCCAUUGCUUACUCUGAGGAGCUCCGGAAGGUAAAUGUUGAUGCACCUGUUCUUGAGUACAAAGAUGCUGUUCACGAAUUUGCAACCCUUGACAUGCUUCUUAAGACUCCUCAGGCCCAGGCCUGUGCCGAGGACAUUGCUAUCUGGGUUAAGAAGUAUAUCUCGCUUCGAGGUCACGAGUUCUCUUAUUGAAUUGAAGAUAUAUCGCAAAUGCAGAAACACGUCCAUGUGUUGGGUUCUAGAUUGUUAAAAAGUUUUCCCAUUUACUCCAUUGCUGUGCCUCUUUUUGUAAGAUAGAGAACUUGUCUGGGAGUAGGAUUUAGUUUGUGAGAUAAAUUUACAUCAUGUUUUGAGUAAUCCAAUCCAAGCUGGGAUGCCCUUGUUAACAAAUUUUUUUUACCCAUCAGGUGUAUCAAGAUGAAAUGUUGCCCAUGAAUUGAGUGUUUAAUGAAAAUAGACAAAUGAUCUAUAUUGCAAACAAA